UUCUGGUCUCUGCUUCGGCGUCGUGUCAUCGUUUUCUCAGAUUCCUUGGAAUCAUUCUCUUUCGAUACCAAUCCCUUCCUUUCUUCCUCCAUCUCCGAUUCGAAAACCCUAUCUUUUACAAUCAUGCCCAUGGAGAACGACAAUGACCACGCUACCAAAGCCGUCGUCGUCACCGCCGAGCAACCGACCAAGGUUAACGACACUGAUGUACGUUCGCCGGAGAAUCUUCAGACCGGCGUCGUAUCGGAAUCCGGAGGUGGAAGCGAGAAAGGAGAUGAAGCGGUGGAGGCGGCUGUGGCGGUGGCUGUUGACGAGAGCGGAUCGGAUUCGGUGGGAGAGCUACCUCCCCGAUCUUCCUCCGCGAGAGUUCCGUUCACUAAUCUGAGCCAGAUUGAUGCCGAUCUUGCUCUCGCUCGUACGCUCCAAGAACAGGAGCGGGCGUAUAUGAUGCUGACGAUGAACAGUGAGGUGAGUGACUAUGGGAGCUGGGAAACUGGAAGCUAUGUAUACGAAGAGGAUGAGGAGGAUGACGAUGAGGACGAGUAUGAAACAGAUGAUGAUCCUCAGGAAGAUGUGACUGCUCAUGAAGAAGAAGAAGAUGCCGACGCAGAAGAAGAAGUUGGUUAUUCAGAUGAUGAAGCCUUUGCGAGAGCUAUUCAAGAAGCUGAGGAAAGGGAAAUGGCUGAUAGGUUGUCUGCCUUAUCUGGGUUAGCAAAUCGGGUUGAAGAUCCGGAAGAUGAAGAUGAGGAGGAUCAUACUUCUCAGGAAGCGUGGGAUGAGAUGGAUCCUGAUGAGCUUUCAUAUGAGGAGUUGCUUGCGCUUGGCGAUAUUGUGGGAACCGAGAGUAGAGGGUUGUCUGCUGAUACAAUUGCAUCUUUGCCUUCAAAAAGAUAUAAAGAUGGAGACAAUCAGAACGGAACCAAUGAAUCAUGUGUUAUAUGUCGUUUAGACUAUGAGAAUGACGAUGACCUGAUACUGCUUCCAUGCAAACAUUCUUACCACUCGGAGUGCAUAAAUAACUGGUUGAAGAUAAACAAGACUUGCCCGGUAUGCAGCGCAGAAGUUUCAACUUCCACAUCUGGACAAAGCAAAUGAGAGGUCUCCACGAAAAAUAUUGUAAGCUAAGAACUUUGUUACCUUAGCUGUCUGUUUGUACACUAUAAACAAAACCAUCAUCCGAUUUGCUUGGAUCCUUUGAACAAUCUCAUAAAUUGAACUUUCUCUAAGUUAUUCUCAAGUUUUG